AUGGACACGAAAGAGCAAAUGGACUCGAUGCGUAAAUGGAUUGGCAGCCUUGUUGAUGAGAAUGCGAAGCUAAAGGCGGAAAAUGAGAAGUUGAAAAAAAUGAUUGAUCAUCAUAAAUCACCGCAUAAUUCCUCUUUUGUCGAUGUUCUGGAUUCUCAGCCUUUUCAUACAUUGAAUAUUUCUGAUGAUGAUCCUAAGAAGCGUUCUAUUGUAAUUAUUGGUUUACCAGAAUCUAACUGUGGUUCUGCCAUCGAUCGUGCCAAUUACGAUUUUCAAUCUGUUAAUGCGGUUCUGAAUCAUUUAGAAAUUGAGUGCAUUCCAUGCACGGUUUAUCGCAUGGGCCGACCCAAUCGAGAUCGGCCGCGUCUAAUUAAGGUUGUCUUACCCACUUCAAGAUUCCAGCAAAUGGCUGUGAGGCGUGCGCCGCGACUGCGGUCUUCCGAAAAUAAAGGUAUAUUCCUGCGUCCGUCCCUUACCAGAGAGGAAAGGGCACAGUUGCGUGAGGCACGUCUUGCAAAAAAAAGCAAAUCCCUCCGUAGUAGCUACUGA